AUGUGGCGUGGAUCCAUCCUCCACAGACUCCGGUCCCGGGCUUUCGCUGGCGAGCCCACCCAUUAUUCAGAUUUCGCGUCCACUGCUGACCCUUGCGUACGUACACACAGGCCCAUUAGUCUCAUCGUCACCGUCGCGUCGCUGCCGUCAAUUGAGGCUAUCGUCAACGCAUGGAACAGCAGUAUUCGACCACACCAAAUUCUCACGGGCCUUCACUCCGAAGGCAGCAACUAUGAGGGCAUCAUCGUUCGCGAUAGCCUCAAUCUCCUCGCUGUUCAUCGAAGUGAGCAACUUGGAGGCAAAACCCCUAUUGAGUGGCUCUUUGCCUAA